GUCUAGUCAGCAACUCUCGUGCUCUCGCUCUCUCUCUCGCUCUCUCCUUUUGGAGGGAAUUCAAGGCACUGUCUGAAAACAGCUAGCUAGGGUUUUGGAUCUCCAUCUAAAGGAUUUCUUAUUUCCAACCGAUCGAAGCGAAAAGCUACUAAAAUUUUCGCAUUUACACUAAUUUCAGGGACCGUGCUCAUUUAUUUGGUAUCAUGCAGCAUGAUUGCAUGCGCCUUUCCAUAUUUCUUUUUGAGCAGCCCCAGGAGACGUUUCUCUCACUGCUGUACAAUUUGGGAUCUUCAUUAAAAUGGAAAUAUAACUUCAGCCUUCCAGUUGGGUGCCGUGAUUCUUAGAGUGAUAUUCAUGGUUAGAUGAGGCCCUUGGAAGCUCUUUCAAGUGCAAGUUGCUUCAGUGAUUCAGAUAGUUCUAUCGAUAUCCAAGGACAGUCUGGUAGUAGAACUAACUAGCUUAUAGUUAAGUACUGAUAACAUCAACUACAUCUGUGACCCAGCAAUGCAAACCAAGAAGAAACUUCCUGCAAGAAAUGCUGCUCGACAGCAUGCUCGACCCAGGCACUGUAGACAACAGAAAGAAGAGUCUGAGAAUGCACAGAUUGCAGAGAAGAAGGUUGCUGACCUGAUCACAUCUUCUGCUAGGAAACAAAGAUUUGUGAAACUUCCAUCUGGGAUUCUCUCAAAGAAGAGUAGAGAUACUGAAGCUGCAAGGAGUUUGAAUGCCAGCUAUAUCUUGCCAGUUAAUGAGAGUCAGGAUAUCUGCUUGGCGUAUGAAACAAUUGAUGGGGAGUCCAUUGAUCCUAAGGGAUGUAAGGAUAGAACUGCAGAAUGUGCAUUGGGGACAAUAUUUUCCCCUGCCUAUCACGUUUCCAAAGCUGUUGGUGGGGACAUUCACAAUACAGUGGAUGUUGUUGAAAUCUUUCCAAGUGAAGGCCACAGAGACUAUCAGGACUCUGGAUAUGAAGAAUCAAAGGUUGAUACAUUGAGAUCUUUUGAAGCUUCCAAUCCAUCUGAAGAACAGAAUCCUAGCAAGAACACUAGAACAGUAUCAACAACAUGUCAUGAUGAUAUGAAUAUCGAUUCAAUAGCUGUGUGCUCUGACAAAUAUGAUUUUCCAGAUACCCUUUCUCUGACACCUUUUACAGAAGGAAAUAAUGCCUUCUCACGGCCUGAUGAAGAGGAUACUGUUGGGGGUAACUUGUCAUCUGAAGUUUCAGCUAUAUACCUGGCAAUGCAACAGUCAAAGUUGGAGUGUGUUGAUGAGCCAUGUCAAGAUUCAAUCUCUGCUGGUGCUUAUGUGGAAGCUGAUGAAGAUGAUGAAAUUGAUGAUUUUGACCCAUACUUAUUUAUAGGGAAUUUGCCUGAGCUGUCAGCUGUAGUUCCUACUUUUCGGCCUAUGCUACUCCCAAAGCAAACGCGGAGUUGCCCUCCGACUACCCUUGUUUUGGAUUUGGACGAAACUUUAGUCCACUCCACGCUUGAGCACUGUGAAGAUGCAGAUUUUACAUUUCCGGUAAACUUCAAUUUCAAAGAGCACACAGUCUAUGUAAGAUGCCGUCCUCAUCUCAAGGACUUCAUGGAGAGGGCUGCCAGCCUCUUUGAGAUCAUUAUUUUUACAGCCAGCCAAAGUAUUUAUGCAGAACAGCUCCUCAAUGUUCUGGACCCAAAAAGAAGGAUAUUCCGCCACCGAGUUUAUCGAGAGUCCUGUGUUUUUGUGGAGGGGAAUUAUCUCAAGGAUUUAUCAGUGCUUGGCCGUGAUUUGGCACGUGUUAUCAUAAUUGACAACUCCCCACAGGCAUUCGGGUUUCAAGUCGACAAUGGUAUUCCAAUCGAGAGCUGGUUUGAUGAUCGUUCAGAUCAAGCUUUGCUUUCAUUACUUCCAUUCUUGGAAACCUUAGUUGGGGUUGAAGACGUUCGACCAUUGAUAGCAAAGAAAUUCAAUCUUCGUGAGAGGGUAGCAGCUGCGGCCAAUCCUCCUCUAAGCUCCAAUAAAGGAGAUCCAUUUGAAAGGAAAGCCUGACACUGCAUGUAGAUGGCUCUUUCAGUUUUGGGUGAUUAUUGACAUUUCCUUUGCAUGUAGACCGACUGAAGAGCAUAGCUUGUUCAGCAAUUAAAACAUAAAACCAUCAUUUUUAAUAUGUUUGGUGAUCUCCUUGUUUCUUAUUAUCAUUUUCUUUUAUACAAUGUGCUAAAAUGCCUAGCUAUGGAUGUACUUUAGACA